UGCCAUCAUAAGUAGUACCAACACUCUUAUUUUAGGCUACUGACAACCCAAUAUGGCAUAAAUGUAAAGAUUUACCAUUGUGUUGACUUUUGGAACUCAUAUGUACAAAAUAGGGAUUAUAUUGAGUUUUUUCUUUUCUUCUUUUUUUUUCUCCUCAAAAUAUAUGUGAAACAUUCAUGGUUCUCUCUGCCUUCUCAACAGCCUGUGCUUUGAAUUUCCUGUUUCCUUCAUUGCUGAUGUUGCAGAUAAUCCAGAGGUCUCUUUAAACAUUUUAGAAGGAGCCCAUUUAAAUUGUGGGUAUUGAAGACUUAAAAGUUGAUCUGGAGUUAAUUUCAUGUGCUUAUAUUCUUUUUACUUUGGAUUUUUUUUUCCUUAUAUAAUAUCAUUUUGGUCUACCAAUGAUGACAGCCUUUUGGACAGCUCUAUUUUUUUUUUUUCCUUUGAGUUUUUCAUUGAUGGACCUCAGCAAAGCUACAGGUCGAAAAAUCACUAAAUGCAGAAUUUCUGGUGUGCUUUUUCUGGAACCAAUCCCAUCAUUGAAUUAUUCAAGUGCUGAUGCAGCUUGUAAAACCCUGGGCCUCGUCAUAGCCUCGCAAGAUGAUGUUCAGAAAGCUCUGAAUCACGGUCUGGAAACAUGCAAAUUUGGCUGGAUUGAAGAGAAAGUUUUGCUGCUUCCACGAAUCCAUGCUCAUCCCUCCUGUGGCAAAAAUGGAACUGGAAUAGUCAAGUGGCGUAAUUCUCUAAGUGCAACAUUCAAUGUGUUUUGCUUCAAUGCAUCUGAUACAAAGACUAACUCCUGUGACCCCACCAUCUACAGCACAGCAGUCCCAACUUCAUUAACAUCAAAAAUGCUUCAGAGUACUAGAACAUCAUCACUGACAUCAUUGGUGUCAAUGAUCAUGACCACAAGCACGACUCUGACCAGUGGUAGAGUCAUGUCAGUUACAUCUCUGGUGUCAACAGUUAGAAGCUCAUCAUCUUCCACAUCCACAUUCAGCAGUUCAUACCAAAGAAAGGCAUUGCUGCCAGCCCAUGAAGAGGAGCCCAAGCGCAGAGGUUUAACCCUGGCAUUAUUCCUUGUUUUUGGUUUACUGCUGUUAUUUGGUAUAAUUCUUGUAUAUUGCUUUGGAAGAAGGUGCAAAAAAACUGACAGAAAACCUGAAGACCAAAAAAAUGAAGCAAUAGAAACGAAGGUUCUGAAUUGUAACUUGGCUGAGAACGGUGAAGUGCAAAAUGGAAAACAAGAAGAAAGGCCACAAGAAAAUACCGAGAGCACAGAGUGACAUACAAAAGCCAACUCCUGAUGAGAGAAAUCCAGUAAAACAAGACAUAAAAUAUAAAAUUUCAGUAACAAAAUGCACAUGUUGUGUGUCUCAGAGUAAUAACAACAAUAAUGUAUUUUGAUUGACAGCAAUUUUGUACAAUGUGAAAAACAAAUCUAUUGUGUAACCAUAUAUUAGUGCAAUAAAAUAUGAUGGAACUACAUAUACUGUAAUUGCUGAAAAUGAGCAGUCACUUUAGGUCUGUCCUGGUUCUAAACUUUAUAACGUUUGUUUUGUGUCUGUAUAUGGAUUGUUUAUUUAUAAAGAGAAGUGUUUUCUUCUAAAAUAAAAAAGAACAUUCUCUCCAUGUCUACAA